UGACUUUGGGGGGGUUUAAUUCAUGAUGGAUAUCGUCGAUGUUUUCCCAGCCCCAUGGUCAUGUCAGUGUGGUUUUCUAGAGCAGGAGGAGGGACGUUAGCUUGCUGGCCAACUCUUAACAGUUAGCGUUCCUUAGCUAGCAGAUGUAUGCUAAUAUUAGGCAACGGGACUAAAUGCCGUUAUAGAUAAAAGGUAGGGAAACCGCCCUCAGCAUGCCACCUCAGCUUUAACUGUUGUCCGCAAUUACCAGGUCUUAGAGGAAGCUCGUGCAUAGAGGUUGACGGUUUGCACCAACUGCUUAAGGAUCAGGUCAUACUGGGUAGAUUGACCACAUCAAACUGAUGAAACAAAUUCAGACUGAAUAAAAGCUAGACCAGAUUUGAACUGAGCAGACCAGACUGAUCCAGACGACACCAGGCCCAUCAAGGAGGCCUGUUCCAGUUUCCAAUCCAGUCGAGGGCUCAAGAGUGGAUGGAAGGAGAUGAUUUUAACACAGAGGCAGUGAUGAACAUCUGUGAUGACCUGAUGGCAGACCAAAGGAUGGACAUCUCGUCUACAAUGACUGACUUCAUGUCCCCUGGGUCCACCGACCUCAUCUCCAGCUCCAUCAGCACGCCCGGCAUGGACUAUACCCGCAAAAGGAAGGGCAGCACCACUGACUACCAAAUUGAUGGCUUCUCAUUUGAUGACAUGGACCCAGACAAAGAUAAACUGGGAAGUGACCAACAGGGCCGGAUUAAGAAUGCCAGAGAGGCUCACAGCCAGAUCGAGAAGCGUCGUAGGGACAAGAUGAACAGCUUCAUUGAUGAGCUGGCGUCGCUUGUACCCACCUGUAAUGCCAUGUCCCGCAAGCUGGACAAGCUGACGGUCCUGCGCAUGGCUGUCCAACACAUGAAGACACUCAGAGGUGCAGCCAACCCAUACACAGAGGCCAACUACAAGCCCUCCUUCCUUUCAGAUGAUGAACUGAAGCACUUGAUACUAAGGGCUGCUGAUGGCUUCCUGUUUGUGGUUGGGUGCGAUCGUGGCAAGAUUCUCUUUGUUUCUGAAUCAGUCUACAAAAUUCUCAACUACAGCCAGAACGACCUGAUAGGUCAGAGCCUGUUUGACUACCUUCAUCCCAAGGACAUUGCCAAGGUCAAAGAGCAGCUGUCCUCUUCUGAUACAGCCCCACGAGAGAGGCUCAUUGAUGCGAAAACUGGUCUUCCAGUGAAGACAGACAUCACCCCUGGUCCAUCUAGACUCUGUUCUGGAGCCAGAAGGUCAUUUUUCUGCAGGAUGAAGUGCAACAGGCCCUCUGUCAAAGUAGAAGAUAAAGACUUUCCCUCCACCUGUUCUAAGAAAAAAGCGGACCGUAAAAGCUUCUGCACCAUCCAUAGCACAGGCUACCUGAAGAGCUGGCCCCCCACUAAGAUGGGUCUUGACGAGGACAACGAGCCUGACAAUGAGGGCUGCAACCUGAGCUGCCUGGUGGCCAUCGGCCGCCUGCACCCACACAUUGUCCCCCAGCCCAGUCUGGCAGACAUCAGGGUGAAGCCCACAGAGUAUGUCUCCCGGCACGCAAUUGAUGGCAAAUUCGUCUUCGUUGACCAGAGAGCCACAGCCAUCCUAGCCUACCUGCCCCAGGAGCUGCUGGGAACCUCCUUCUAUGAGUAUUUCCACCAGGACGACAUCGGCCACCUGGCAGAGUGCCACAGACAAGUGCUGCAGAUGAGAGAGAAGAUCAACACCAACUGUUACAAAUUCAAGAUCAAAGAUGGCUCCUUUAUCACGCUGAGGAGCCGAUGGUUCAGCUUCAUGAACCCCUGGACCAAGGAGGUGGAGUACAUUGUGUCCACCAACACUGUUGUGUCGUGUCCCAUGAUGGAAGGAUCAGACUACCCUCAAUCUGCUGCCUCGCCACAGAGUAUGGACAGUGUUCUCACCUCAGAGGGUGGGGGGAGAAGAGCUCUGCAGACGGUGCCUGGAAUCCCAGGUGGCACAAGAGCAGGAGCUGGCAAGAUUGGACGCAUGAUUGCAGAGGAAGUGAUGGAGAUCCAGAGGAUUCGAGGCUCCUCUCCCUCCAGCUGUGGCUCUAGCCCUCUGAACAUCACCAGCACCCCUCCACCUGACACCUGCUCCCCAGGGGGCAAGAAGAUUCAGAAUGGAGGGACACCUGAGCUGCCAAGCACAGGGAUCAUUCCUGGACCUGAUUCUGUAGGCUACCCCUACUCCAACCAGUCCAUCAUGAGUGACAACUCCCACCUUAGCAUAGACAUCAUGGACGAGCCUGGUUCCAGCAGCCCCAGCAACGACGAGGCGGCCAUGGCGGUCAUCAUGUCCCUGUUGGAGGCAGAUGCUGGUCUGGGCGGCCCCGUCGACUUCAGCGACCUGCCCUGGCCUUUGUGAGGAAGCUGGAAAAGAAGGGGCAGACAGAGAGAGAGACUUCCUCUUUGCACCAGAGCCACUGAUGGAGAGAGUUUGGUCAGGUUGAAUUCUGGCUGCCAUGUUUCCUGCCCUCUGCAAACAACUACACUGCAAAAACUGUUCAUCUUAACAAAUGAUUUUUAUUGACAUUCUGAAACUUUUCAGUUCUCUGUAACAUUUCUCUUAAUGUUAUUUACUUCAGUUGAGUGUGGGUGACUCUCACUCUGGUUGAUGAUCAUCCGCUGUAGGCAGACCGGUGUUUCAUCAGGCAAAAAGGUUGAUUAAUAUAUGAGAAUCCUGCUCCAGAGGAGGAGUUACGAUGGUCAUGUUUGCAGUGUUAGUUGUCUGUAGAUGAGGGGUUCUCUAACAUUGCCACGGUGACAGACCAUUACUCUAAAAACAGUCCAGCAAAUGGAAUCACAUAUAGGUCUGCGGUGCUAACGUUUCUGCCGACGGACUGAUCUCUGUCUAACAGUGGUUCUGGCCCCUGUCAUUGCCAGGUCAACAUCCAACCCAGGGCCAACACAGGACUCCUGAGACUUUCACAGACAAGUGGUUGAAGUUUGAUGUGGGGUGGAGUGGUGUUGGGGUGCAGAGUGUUUGAUUUCUGCCUCCCCCCGCGGCCCUCUCAACAUCUCUAACUGUACAUUCAAGUCUCCAUGUAGGAACGUUGAUGUCGUACAAACACAGCUAUGGUGCCCCCCAAAAUGGCCGUCUUAGCCAGCCACACACCACACAGUUAUCCUGUGGAGAUUUGCACUGACGAUACUUACAAGUCCUUUAUUCCCACAGUUCCACAAGCAGUUUUCAGUUCAUUUCAAUGAUGACAAAAUCUUAUUUGAAAAAGCCGCCGCGCUGCUGUUCCCUUAACGAGCGUGAAUGUUAACAACUUUUUUCUCCAAGCUACUCUAAAGCCAACACUCAUUAAAUUCUAUUUUCCCUGAAGAGUUGGGCAGAUUCAGAAUUUUUCCUGAGCAGUAGUAGUUCUGUAAGAAGUAAGUUGUGAUCAUAUAUUUCUAAGCUAUCCAACAAUAAUACUCAAAAAGCCCUUGCUUGUUGCAGCCAGUGAUUCAUAGGACUUGGUUAGUAGACAUCUUCACAAGUCCACAGACUGAUGAUCUGAAAGGGAUUCUCACACUUGCUCUGAUCCAAACAGAGUAAAUAGAGUAAGAACAUCAACACUGGCAGCAUGUGGUGGCACAGCUAAAAUAGAGCGUCUGAGUCUGAGUUACCUAACUGAGCUGACUGACCUCCUGCACACGAGAGUCAGAAUGUUUCUGACUCUUUAUUUACAGGGCCUGAGGUAGUCACAUGAUCCUGCAUUGUGUCAUUUGUUGUUGGUAUAAAACAGUAAAGUAUGUUGAUUUCAUAUAUACUAAAAAAACAGUGUACUCUGUGUACUGUAAUUACUGUAGUAUGGAACUGAGAUACAGCUCUGGUGUGUGUCCUGUGAUAGACUGGUGAUAGGCAGCAGAGAGUAUAGAUGAUGAAGUGAUGGACGUCACAGUUCAUAAUAAUGUGAUGAGAGCUGAAAGCAAGACUGCUAGACAGUGACUCACAGACCUGAGACCAGCAGCAUUAUAAGUCCCUGCACAACACAACUAGACUGAAUAGAACUUGAGCCCAGUUUUGUUACCAGACAGAAUCAGAGUGGACCUGUGAAGACCUCUACUGCUUUGUUCUCUGGAGUGGAUUCUCCUGCACGUUUAACAGUGAACAGCAGGAAUGAUUCUCUGACUAAUGUUGCACCAAAGAAUCCGAUUUAAAGUUAAGUGGUGGGAGCAGCAGUUCACUGUGCAGGUGUGUUUUCAUGGCUGUAACAACACACCUGAUUUCCCUCUUCACACUUUUUCCAGUUCAGAGAGCAAUUCAACUGCAGACCCAAGAUUCGAGUGCUCCUCCGUGAGGAAAUGUCUUUCACUGCCACUUUACUGGGCUCUGCUUCUUACACACUGCUUACUGCAGGUUAACACGCUGGCAGGCUAAUUAGAAUCAACCCUUCACUGUAAAGACCUGGUGGUCUGGAUCAGAGGGUCUCCACCUGUUCUUCUUCCAGGUACAUCAUAUAGAGCAGUUAAGAUUCACUUAGACUGUCAGUCACUGAGCUCCAUUUCCUCAACUGGAAUUUUCUGGCCCUGAGAUACUUAAAAACUGGCCUAAGUCUAAUCAGUAAUUGGGCAGAAGAAGAAAGUACGAAGAAGUUAAGUUCUACUGCAACAAUGACAGAUAGACGCUAUGUGGCUUUACAAAAGUCUUUCAUCUUGAAUUUGGUUUAGCACUUAAUAGCCAGAUGCACUGUGGCUAUAUGUAACCGUCGAUGAACCUACCCUGUUAGCAGAGGGGGCUAUAAUGUAAAUGGGGGCAAUCAUAGAAACAGAUAAAUGUCCUAGAGAUGGAGGCGACAGUAAUCCAGCAGGGUAGGACUUAUGUAACAGCGAUAGAGAUAAGUGACAGUAAACAGGGUCAGGAGGGACAGCCAGGAGCGCCUGAAUGGGAUUCUUCAUUUCAGUGUUCAUUUUCCCUCCAUGAUAAUGAAUAUCCUUGACACGACCUCUUCACCUCGCCAGCUCUCAGCCGCUCACAGGCCUUUAUGUCGUCAGAGUUUGAUUGGAGGUAGACAUGUUGAGAGGGGCCUGCCUGUAUGGAAAGAAGAUGAAUGUGUAAUACUUCCCAUGUGCCUGGAUUUUCAGAUGCAGAAACAGUACAACCUGAGAGAUGUUGAAGUUUUUACAGUCUCAGAUACUGAAUAUACAGAUUAUGCCCCCCCCCCCCCCAUCUUAAAUAAUAUGUGAACUGUAAGUGCUGAAAUGCACCUAGUGAAGGCCAGCGAUGUAAGCGCUUCUCGAAACAACAAACGUGUAAUUAGAUUUCCAAAUUUUAGGUCCAGGUUCAUGCCUCCUAUGUAUCAUCAUUACGUCUGAGUCACAGAGCUGAGCCUUUUUUCUGUGAAAGAGAAAGACUGUGCAGUGUUUGAAAACCUAGAACAACAAAAAGGAUGUUAUUGCUCCUCUGAAGGUGUUAACUAGAAUCUUUACAGACUCCUCCAACCAAGGGGAUAAAAGAUAUUUGUCAGCCAUCUGAUAAAAUGUUAAAGUUAUCACUAGAUUUUCACGUUAAGAAACCGUUUUCUGCCAGUAUUUGAACAGUUUUGGUUCUUUCAGACCAUCUUGACAAAACAGAGUCAAAACUGGGGAAACAUGUUGAUGGGGUUUUUAUUGAUGGUGGGAAGAGUCUUGGAGGGAUGAAGAAAUAUAUCCAAAACAGCAUGAAGUGCUGUUCAGCAACUUUUUUGUUUUGUUAAAUAUCAUAAGAAUUUGUCUUUCAGGGAAACCUGAUGCAUUUGACUCAGAUGUAAUAAUAACAUAUGCAAGGCACAAAUAUAGGGAAUGUAAGUCCAACAUAUUUUCUUUCUAUACGGGCACAAAGGUUUUUAAUCUCUGGCUUGAUAUCAACUGGUUGUGGGUGAACACUCAGCAGCCAUUUAAAAUGAGAUUCUGUCUAGUUGGAGAUACAGAAUGGUGCAAGUAAGAAAGAUGCAGCACCUCUGUGCUACACCUGUGUGUUCUCCUUUGGUUGGUGCGUACAGUUGGGCUGCCCCAGGUCUGUUAACGUGAAAUACUUGCUGAGCUCAGGCUCGGACGCUCUCCUGUCCUCCUGAGGCAGCAGCUGGUGAGGUCCCCUCUGUGUCUGUUCUAGUGGUUUUCUGUUUCAAUGUUUUUACGCUACACACUACAAUAAAGUGUUUCCCCUGUUGAUAUACCCCUCCCCACCUGACAAUAAUGUAUCAAAUCUUUAAAUAUUAUCAUGUAAGAGUAUACUUUAUGCAAAUAUAUGAGUAUGAUGAGUGUAUUGUAUGUAUCAGCAGUGAAAUAUUUUUAAAAUAAAACUAUUUGUUUCUGUCA